UGCUACUUCCGGUUUAGCAAGUUGUCAGGAAAUGCUUCAUUCUUGAUAAUGAGCAUGAUAACGAUAUUAAAACUUGUACAUGAACCAUUACUCGUUGUUGCUAAGUUCGCCGUGUAUUUUUAUCUUAACAUUAACAUCCGUGACUUUUCCCCGGCGUUGUCCUGCAUCGUGGCGCCCACCGCGGCCAGCCCCUUCGCCGGGUCCUCCCCCCUCUGUCCCCCCUAUCGUGGCGUCUUCACGGGGGGUGAGCGAUUCACUCUUCAGGCGGACGUUGCAAGGCAGCAAGAGAACCAACUGACAAGUUAUCAGUCACUCCAAUGGCGAGAUGCAUCCCCCUUUGACUUGGGAGUGCUCGGCGGUGGGGAGCAGGCGCACAUGAACAUUGCGCGGCAGGAGGAGACGCAGCAGCUCCGCAUGCACCGGGAGUGAACCCACGCAGGGAGACAACGCGGACCCGCCGUCACUUGCUUCAUCCGGUUUUUUUGCUCACAUUUACCCGCGUUUUGGAUAUCCUUUCAUUUAUUGACGAAUCGAGCGCCAAUUGACUUCGCAGCGAGGACAGGUUUGGUCUGCGAACUCCCGCCAUGACGUCUCCGGCCAAAUUCCGCAAGGACAAGGAGAUUGUGGCCGAGUAUGAAACUCAAGUGAAAGAGAUCCGUACCCAGCUGGUGGAGCAGCUCAAGUGUCUGGACCAGCAGUGUGAGCUCAGGGUGCAGCUGUUGCAGGACCUGCAGGACUUCUUCCGGAAGAAGGCGGAGAUCGAGGUGGACUACAGCCGCAACAUGGAGAAGCUGGCCGAGCGCUUCCUCACCAAGACACGCAGCACCAAGGACCACCUGAUGAAGAAGGAGCACAGCAUCCUGUCUCCGGUCAACUGCUGGAACCUGCUGCUGCUUCAGGUGAAGAGGGAAAGCAGAGACCACGCCACGCUGUCCGACCUCUACCUCAACAACAUCAUCCCUCGCUUCGCGCAGAUCAGCGAGGACUCGGGACGCCUCUUCAAAAAGAGCAAAGAGGUUGGCGUGCAGCUGCAGGAGGACUUGAUGAAGGUUCUCAAUGAACUUUACUCGGUGAUGAAGACCUACCACAUAUACAACACCGACAGCAUCAACGCCGAGUCCAAGCUGAAGGAGGCGGAGAAGCAGGAGGAGAAGCAGAUGGGGCGCUCCGGUCGCCAGGACGACCGCCAGACGCCGCGCUCGCCAGACGCCCUUGCCAGCCUCAAGGCCGACGACAAGCCCAUCCGCCGCUCCAGUGUGAAAAAAAUCGAAAAGAUGAAGGAGAAGAGACAAGCCAAGUACACGGAGAACAAGCUGAAGGCCAUCAAGGCCAGGAACGAGUACCUGCUGGCGCUGGAGGCCACCAACAGCUGCGUCUUCAAGUAUUACAUUCACGACCUCGCAGACAUCAUCGACUGCUGUGACCUGGGCUACCACGCCAGCCUACACCGCGCCCUGAGGACCUACUUGUCCGCCGAACAGAACGUGGAGACGUCCAAGCACACGGGUCUGGAGACCCUGGAGGGGGCUGCUGAAAGCUUGGAGCCCAACGGGGACAAACAGAAGCUGAUGGAGACCUACAACAACGUCUUUUGUCCCCCAGCUCGCUUUGACUUCCAGUCGCACAUGGGAGACACGAUGGGAGUGGUGUGCGCACAGCAGCCACUGGAAGGCGAGCUUCUCCAGCGGUGUCAGCAGCUUCAGUCCCGACUCUCCACGCUGAAGAUCGAGAACGAGGAGGUGAAGAAGACCAUGGAGGCCACGCUGUCCACCAUACAGGACAUGGUGACGGUGGAGGACUACGACGUAUCCGAGUGCUUCCACCACAGCAACAGCAUGGAGUCGGUCAAGUCCACUUUCAGCGAGUCCUAUCUGAGCAAGCCCAGCCUCGCCAAGAGACGCGCCAACCAACAAGAGACGGAGCAGUUCUACUUCACGAAGCUGAAGGAGUUCCUUGAAGGCAGGAACCUCAUCACCAAGCUGGAGGCCAAGCAUGACCUCAUCCAGAAGACCAUAGGAGAGAGUCAGAAGACCGACUGUUGCCUUGCCAGUGGACGGAGAAACUCGGCUCUACGGAAACAGGAAUCAGGCGAAGCCAUUCCACUGAUGGUGGAGAGCUGCAUCCGCUUCAUCAGUCGCCAUGGUCUGCAGCAUGAGGGCAUUUUUAGAGUGUCAGGCUCUCAGGUGGAGGUCAAUGACAUUAAGAAUGCCUUUGAGCGAGGUGAAGACCCAUUGGCGGGGGACCAGAACGACCACGACAUGGACUCUAUCGCCGGUGUCCUCAAGCUCUACUUCCGAGGGUUGGACCAAGCCCUUUUCCCCAAGGAAGUCUUCCACGACCUCAUCUCCUGCGUCUCCAUGGAGAGCCUGCAGGAGCGCGCUGUCCACGUCAAGAAAGUGCUGCAGGCGUCGCCCAGCAAAACACUCAUCGUCAUGAGAUACCUGUUUGCCUUCCUCAACCAUCUGUCCCAGUACAGUGAGGACAACAUGAUGGACCCCUACAACCUGGCCAUCUGCUUUGGCCCCACCCUGAUGUCUGUCCCUGAGGGCCACGACCAGGUCUCCUGCCAGGCCCAUGUCAACGAACUAAUGAAAACAAUCAUCAUCCACCACGACACCAUCUUCCCCGGACUGCAGGACCUUCAGGGCCCCAUCUACACCAUCCCUGGAGCUGGCGAAGACUUCUGUGACAGUCCUCACUGUGAGCCCCCCCUGGUGGAAGAGCCGGCGCCCGACACCGUGUCCGUCAGCCACCACAGCGACGACGGCACCUUGGCUGUUUCAGAGUCGGACCCGGUGGAAGCCAUCGCCCGCUUCGACUACUCCGGCCGCACCAGUCGCGAGCUGUCCUUCAAGAAGGGAGCCUCUCUGGUUCUCUACCAGCGAGCUUCCGACGACUGGUGGGAGGGCCGACACAAUGGCGUGGACGGACUGGUGCCACAUCAGUACAUUGUGGUCCAAGACGUGACUGAUGGAGGACGAGGCAGCCCAAAACCUGACAUGGACGCCAGAGACCAGCUGGAGGGCAGAGUUUCCACUCGAGGCAGCGCUGCGUCACCCACUGGAGCUCACGUGGCUGAUAUCUACCUGGCCAACCUCAACAAGAUGAGGAAGCGUCCAGAGUCCGGUAACAUCCGAAGAACAUUCCGGAGCUCAGACAGCGAUAGCUCAGGAGCCAGCGGAGGGGUGAGGACCGCGUCCCUACCUGUGGGCGGAGCGCUGGUGAAGGAGGCUACGGACAAACGUCCCGUCAGCGCUCACAGCAUCCUCAACUCCAUCACUCGCCACUCCUCGCUGAAGACCAAGGUGGACAGCCCUCAACUGCGGAAAACGACGCCGGCAGGACGCUCCAAGAGCUUCAGCAACCACAGACCUCUGGAGCCUGAGGUCAUAGCGCAGGUGGAGCACAGCUCACAGGACAUCGAGGCGGCCAUGAGCUCGGCCCUGAGUGAGCUGAGGGAGUUGGAACGUAAGAGCACCUCCAAGCACACCCCCGACGUGGUCCUGGACACACUGGAGCAGCUCAAGGCCGUGAGCGGAGGCGGCGGAGGAGGAGGCGGAGCCUCGGAGCCCUCCAGCCCGCUCCACUCCCGCCUGCUGCGCGACGGCGAUGGGGGCCCCUCUCACGCCCACCCGCUCCAGCGCAGCGCCUCCUCCGCCAGCGACGUGCCCUCUUCCUUCCGGGCCGCUAAGGGCCGGCCGAGGAGCCCCCUGCCCUCCGCCACCUCGCCCUCCCUCUCCUCCUCCUCCCUCUCCUCCUCCGUGCCCUCCUUCCGGGAGCUGCGUCCGCCGGCCACCCGGCCCAAGCCGGUGGUGUUCCCGAAGAGCGGCGGUUCGGCCACGGGGUCCCCGACAUCCGCCGUGCCCCUUACGCCUCCUCCUCCGCCCGGGGGGCACACACACUCCCUCCCGCAUGCGCCUCCUCCUCCGCCUCCUUCCCAGUCCAGCGACAAGUCCUGCCCGGCCUAGCACCUCCUCACUUCUCGCACUUAGUCCGGUGGACUUCACGCCACUCCUCAUGUUUCUCACCUGGGAACACCUGCUGCUUUUCAGUGGGCGGGGCCAAAAUGUUCUCCACCUUUUUUCUUUUUUUUGUAUCAUUCUAGCGAAAAGGGACUGUUUGGGUCCUAAAAAGAGACUGUGAAAUUUUCCAAGGUCUGGUGAAAUAAAAACAGUCUUGCUGCUGGACGUGUGAAAGACUGGAUGCAGAAGAAAAGUGACAACUCUAAAUAUAGCAAUAAUACAAGCUGCUGGUCAUUCUGCUGCUUUUCUCCUGCAGCUCUUCUUCUGGGAGUCGGGGUCCACUGAAAGCCAGCGUUUCCUUUUUGUACAUGUGAUGUAGGACUGUACACACACGUGUGUGUGUGUGUGUGUGUGUGUGUGUGUGUGUGUGUGUGUGUGUGGGGGGCAGCUAAACACCUUUCAGGUUGCAUGACGGCAUCAUUUUGCGUACCUGCAAUACCGGCAAGGAGGUUUCCCCAGUCGGGAAUUCACAUGGACACAGGAAAUGUGACCAAAUUUUGGGGGGGUUGUGCUUUAUGGCAAUUCCAACUUUGACCACAUGGCGCUUUCCAUCAUUUUCAGCGCACUGCGCCGCAAAACGACGGGGCCACGUGAAUCCCUUCCCUGCCGUGUAAGAAAAGGGAUAGCAUGCUUGCUCAUAGGAUUAUAUUUCACACCUGGCAGUAAAAAUAAGAGUUGGAGGAUUCUAACGGUGUUUAUGUAUGUUUGUUAAUAAUGAGGAUAACUGGAAGCACGGAGCGAAGGAGGAGCCCCAGCAGGCGCAAGACGUUGACACAACGUUGAUUUUACGUUUGUGUCCUUUGAAACUGACUUUGAAACAACGUUUGAAAAAUGAUUGCAGUUGUAAACUGCCGCAACGUGGAUGUCCACUGUUGGAUUCACGUUGUUGGUUGGGAGACGACCAAAAUUCUAUCAACGUCAGAACUCAACAUUGAACAAACAUUGUCAAAAAGCAUGUUGUUUCAAUGUUGUAUUUCUGUUGUCGAGUUUUGGUUGGGAAAUGACCAAAAUUCAAUGGUCAAAUCAACGUCAGAACCCAACAUUAAUUCAACGUUGUCAAAAAGCAUGUUGUUUCAACGUUGUAUUUGUGUUAAGUUUUGGUUGGGGAAUGACCAAAAUUCAAUGAUCAAAUCAACGUCAGAACCCAACAUUAAUUAAACGUUGUCAAAAAGCAUGUGUUUCAACGUUGUAUUUGUGUUAAGUUUUGGUUUGGAAAUGACCAAAAUUCAAUGGUCAAAUCAACGUCAGAACCCAACAUUAAUUCAACGUUGUCAAAAAGCAUGUUGUUUCAACGUUGUAUUUGUGUUGUAGAAUUUUGGUUGGGAAAUUAUCAAAUUUCAAUUGUCAAAUCAACGUCAGAACUCAGCAUUGAAUAAAUACCAAAAAGCAUGUUGUUUUAACGUUGUAUUUGUGUUGUAGAAUUUUGAUGGGAAAUUACUAAAAUUCCGUGGUCAAAUCAACGCCAUAACCUGACAUUGAAAUGUUGUCAGAAAGCAUGUUGUUUCAAUGUUGUAUUUCUGUUGUUAAAUUUUGAUCGGGAAAUGACCAAAAUUCAAUAAUCAAAUCGUCAGAACUCAACAUUGAUUAAACGUCGACAACAAACAUGUUGUUUCAACGUUGUAUUUGUGUUGUAGAGUUUUGGUUGGGAAAUGACCAAAAUUCAAUGGUCAUAUCAACGUCAGAACUUAACAUUAAAUAAACGUCAAAAAGCAUGUUGUUUCAACGUUGUAUUUGUGUUGUUGAAAUGUGGUUGAGAAAUGACCAUAUUUCAAUGAUCAAAUCAACGUCACAACCUGACAUUGAUUAAACGUCAAAAAGCAUGUUGUUUCAACGUUGUGUUUGAGUUGCUCGAUGUCAUGACCUAAUUCCACAAGUUCUCAACGUUGUAUCAAUGUUGUUCCAAUGUCUCGUGCCUGCUGGGAGGAGAGUCUUUAUUAUUUAAGUGUUGAGUUGGAAGCACAACCAAGCACCUCAUCAAGGACUUCUUUCUUCACUGGUUUAUGCUCACAUGUGGAAGUGUGCUGGGAGAAAUGGACGCAACAUUACGAGAAGCCACAACAAAAAAGUCCAUUGUUUUCUCGAUGAUUACAUUUUUUAUUGUUUCAGACAAACAAGUCCACCAAAAGGUGACGACUGCAACACCUUGAGAAGAGUGGCCAAAGAAGAAGCCAUGAUGUUUGUAAAUUAGAUGGGUUUAUGACUUCUUCUAACAGGACUAGCUGUUGAAUCACACUCGUCCAUGUUUUCUUCUCACCUGUACAAUUGUUGUAUUUGUGUUGUUCUGACCUCAUCACGGCUGAGGGGAUGGUGACUGUCUUGAUGCGUGUCUCAAAUCAAAUCAUCUCGCACUCGAACAAGUCGGCUUCACGUGUGUACUAACUGUCAGGGGGUGAUUUAUUUUGAAAGUUUGUCCAAUAUGCUUUUGGGUUCAUUCUGGAAACAGCAAAAAUUAAAAAAAAAAAAAAAAAAAGACUGUAAUGUCAAAUCUAUUUAUAGUCGUCUUUGUAUUACUGGAGAAUCCUGUGUUGUAUAUACAAUGUUGUACAUUACAGAGGUACACGCUUUUUUUGGUACAAUAUUGUACAGUCAUACAAUAGUGGUUUCAUCACAUAGGCCUUAUAUCAUUCUGUCUACUUCUUGUCCUACAUUCUUUCUUUUUUUUAAUAAACAUUGCUUGCUUUAGUCAACCUGGACUUGAUCAGUCAUUAUUGCAACAUUUCAGUAUUCACAGCACGUCACUUUUUCCACAUUUUGUUAUGUUACGGCCGUAUUCUAAUUUGAAUACAUUCAUUUUCGUCCUCAAAAUUCUACACACAAUACCCCAUAAUGACAAUGUGAUAAGG